AUGGGAAUUAAACAUGAGUUCUCUGCACAUAUUACACCUCAGCAAAAUGGUGUUGUGGAGAGAAAGAAUAGAGUGCUUGUAGAGAUGGCAAGGGUAUUUGUGAGGUCUGGUACCAAACAAACUCCCUAUGAGAUUUGGAAAGGAAAGAAGCCUAAUGUGUCAUAUUUUAAGGAUAUUCCACUUCUAGCCGAGCCUAUAGAGUGUACAAUUGUAGGUCCAGAACCAUCAUUGAAUCCUAAAUGUCACUAUUGA